CGACUACUGUACCAAUCACUUUCCAAAGCUUGCCGUCUUAACCUCCACAACAUCUCCAAAAUGCGCCCCUUCCUAACCUUCCCAGGUUAUUUCUCGCAGUUCCCUUCUCACUCAUUGGCUUACCUUUACAAAGGCUAUCCCCCCUCCAGCCCAUCAUGAAUGCUGCUGCCAGACUCAUCCACCUUACCAACUGUUCAGUGUCUGCUACCCCUCUCUGCCAAUCCCUCCGCUGGCCCCCACUCGGUGUCCUCCACCCCUCUCUGCCAAUCCCUCCAUUGGCUGCCACUCAGUGUCCUCCACCCCUCUCUGCCAAUCCCUCCACUGGCCUCCACUCAGUGUCCUCCACCCCUCUCUGCCAAUCCCUCCAUUGGCUGCCACUCAGUGUCCUCCACCCCUCUCUGCCAAUCCCUCCACUGGCCUCCACUCAGUGUCCUCCACCCCUCUCUGCCAAUCUCUCCAUUGGCUGCCACUCAGUGUCCUCCACCCCUCUCUGCCAAUCCCUCCGCUGGCCUCCACACAGUGUCCUCCACCCCUAUCUGCCAAUCCCUCCACUGGCUUCCACUCAGUGUCCUCCACCCCUCUCUGCCAAUCCCUCCACUGGCCUCCACUCAGAGUCCUCCACCCCUCUCUGCCAAUUCCUCCAUUGGCCUCCAAUCAGUGUCCUCCACCCCUCUCUGCCAAUCCCUCCACUGGCUGCCACU